AUGGCAGCUACCCCCCUCUCCACCACAACAUGCUUCACAUCCGAAGAAGCAUUCAAACACCCCCUUCCUCAAAUCCGCCAAUUCCACCGAGAUCUCACGACCGAGCUUGACGAGAAAAAUGCACGUCUGCGAACACUGGUCGGAGGUAGUUAUAGGCAAUUACUAGGAACUGCCGAACAAAUCUUACAGAUGAGGAAAGACAUCAGUGGAGUUGAAGAGAAAUUGGGGAAGGUUGGGGAAGGAUGUGGGAGAGGUGUGUUGGUGGGAAUGGUUGGGGGAUUGAGGAAAUUGCAGGGUGAAACGAAGAAUGGAAAGAAGGGCGAGGAGAUGAGAGUUGUGGCAAGGAUGAAGGUGUUGGGCAUGUGUGGUAUUGUGGUUGGGAAGCUUUUGAGGAGGCCAGGCAAAACAGAUGGGGACAGUGGAAGGGGAAAGGGCCUGGUUGUCGCUGCAAAAGUGCUAGUUUUAAGUCGGUUGUUGGCAAAGAGUUUGGAAAUUACUGGGGAUAAAGAAUUCGUGGAAGAAGCGAAGAAGAAGAGGGCGGUUUUGACAAAACGACUAUUACGAGCGGUUGAAAAGACAUUGGUCUCGACUAAGGAUAUCGAAAACAGAGAAGGCUUGGUACAAGCGCUCUGCGCAUACAGUCUGGCUACGAGUUCUGGGUCGAAAGACGUUUUGAGACAUUUCCUCAAUGUCCGAGGAGAGGCAAUGGCCCUAGCAUUCGAAGACGAAGGGGAGUCAGACCACCAGACUUCAGGUGUCUUACGAGCCUUGGACAUAUAUACGAGAACCCUACUAGAUGUGCAAGCGCUAGUACCCAGAAGGCUUAGCGAGGCAUUGGCUGCGUUGAAAACGAAACCUUUAUUGAAAGAUGACAGUAUUCGAGAGCUAGAGGGGUUAAGAUUAGAUGUAUGUGAGCGGUGGUUUGGUGACGAAAUUCUUUACUUUACACCCUAUGUUAGACAUGAUGACUUGGAAGGAUCAUUGGCUGUUGAAACACUAAAAGGUUGGGCGAAGAAAGCCUCGGAGGUACUUUUGGCAGGUUUUACAAAUACUCUUCAGGAGAGCUUGGACUUUAAAGUGGUAGUAGAACUACGAUCGAAGAUUUUGGAGGUGUGGAUCAGGGAUGGAGGCAAGGCAAGAGGUUUUGAUCCUUCUAUACUUCUGGAUGGCUUGCGAGGCGUUGUCAACAAACGACUCGUAGAGUUAUUAGAAACUAGAGUUGGUCAACUCCAUCUAGUGGGAACGGAAAUAGAAUCCACAUUGGCAACAUGGGAAGAAGGAAUCACCAACCUCCAUGCUAGCCUAUGGGAUGAAGAUAUGAUGGCAACAGAGAUCAGCAACGGAGGUAAUCUUUUCAAACAAGAUAUUCUUGCUCGCACAUUCGGACGCAACGAUGCUGUUUCGAGAGUCGUAAAUAGCUUUCAAACCUGGAGGCGUCUUAUUGAGGAUAUAGGUACUGUUAUCGAUCAUUUGAAGAAACAAAGAUGGGAUGAUGACCUGGAAAAUAUCGAAGAUGAUGAAAGUCUUGAAUCACGGCAAAAUCUUUUGAGUAAAGAAGAUCCACAGAUGCUACAGGAUCGUCUUAAAUCAAGCUUAGAGAAAGCUUUCCAGGAAUUGGAUACGAAAACCACGACACUCGUGGAACAAUAUCAAGAUAGCGCGUAUAGCGGUAAAAUGUCCAUGUACAUUCUACGGAUAUCACGAGAUAUCCGGACAGAGCUACCCCCUAAUCCGUCGCUACAAAAAUUUGGUCUUUCGCUAGUACCAUCACUACACGAGAAUCUCGCAAGCACCAUUUCGGAAAAUCCAAUUUCGGCCCUUGCAAAAUCGCUCCGAAAGAAGAAAGUUGCUGGCCGAGCUUUAUGGGAAGGAAUCCCCGAACUUCCAGUUCAGCCCUCGCCGGCUACUUUUAGAUUUCUUCGCGGUCUCUCGUCUGCUAUGGCUGAUGCUGGGGCAGAUCUGUGGAGUCCUGUUGCUGUUAAAGUGUUGAAAGGACAUCUGUGCUCCCAAAUCGGGGCGCAAUGGAGUAUUGUGUUGGAAGAGAAUGAGAAAGAGAAAGAGAAAGAAAAUGAAAAAUAUGUCAGUAAUGGCACGGCUGCUUCUGCGAGUGAUGUUCCGAAAACGGGGUCAACGGAAAUUGAAGAAGAGGAGGUAGAGGUUCCUGCCCCUGUUGUGGAAGUCGAUGAAGAGAUACAAUUGGAUCUACUCAAACAAUCACUCUUUGAUAUCUUCGUCUUACAACAAGUUCUACAAUAUCAACCAGACAAUACGGAGAAUAGGGAGAAUAGGCUAAAAGAGCUAGGGGAUAAAGUAGAGGCUCGGCUAGAACUUGAGGUGGAGGCGAGAAAACGUGUUUCUAAUGGGGCUAAGGAGUAUUGGAAGAGAACUAGUCUUUUAUUUGGUCUUUUAGCGUAG